AUGUCUUCUCACCUCCCCCCACGCCGAGGGCUUCAGCCCGAUCGUCCGCGCUUGGGUGCAGUCGGACCCUUCGAUGGUUUCGUCGCGAGCGACGGCUUCGGGUCGUUUUCGCUGUUCACCACUCCCAACCAGAACCACGUCCCCCGUCUGGCGGUCGCAGUUGGUGAGAUCACCACGUUCGACGACGGUCGCUGGGGAGCACAUGAAUACUCCCGGUGGCCGCAAAGUUACCACCGGCACUUCGUCCAUCUCGCGUGCAUUCCUCGUCAUGGGAGUGUUUACGAUCCGGGAUUUCCCGUCCUGUGGCACGACUGGCUCCACGGGGACUGGAUCAAGGAUCAGUACGGGCCGUCUCGCCUGGGGAGGCUUCGCGAGGACCUUAUCAAGGAACUUCGCCACACUGUCGACAACAUCAUCACCUGGUCAGAACCAUGCAAACGAGGCCCGCCGGACGUCCAGCAGAAGCAUCGAUUCCUCACCCUCGGCGUCCGCCUCUGCUUCGAUCGCCUCUGCGUCCUCCCAUCCGAACGCGGCAUCAUCGUGUCGCUAGCCUCGCACGUUCAAAGGCUAUGUUUGGAGCUUGCAGGUCUUCGCGCUUACGUGCGCGAGGUUCUGCCUCGGAUCUCGGAGGGACGCGACUGCAGAACUGACGUCCUGGACGUCCUCGGCGCGUACACCGCAGAUCCGAGCGUAGCCCAGGAACUUCAUCGCGCCGGCGUUCCAGUCUGGCUCCAGCAGCACCGACGCCCCGACAUUGCCAUCUGGGAAGUCGUCCCCCUCACUCCUCCGCCGGCCUCGCUCUCGUCAACCCCAUCGUUCCCGAAGCUGGUUCUUGCACAGCGAGACCUCUCUGGUUUCCUGAACACCCCCGGUCGUUGGUUGGCCGCCAUGUACACGAAAGUCAACGCCGAGCUCAUCGGAAGCCGAGUUCCCCUGCUCGUCUCGGACAACCACGAUGACAACGAGGAGUGCGCGAGGAAGAAAGUGCGAGAGCUCGACUCCGAGGCGUCCUCGUCGACUGGCGUCCGCACGCGGUCAGGGACCACCGCUCAGAGUCUCGCGCAAGGCCUGGCUCCCGUCGCCGCGCGACCCGCUAAAAAGCCUUCACGUCCGAAGGCCCCCAUAGAGUCGACCGGAUCGUUCAACGUGAACCCGUUCCGCCGGUUCUAUCCGUCCAAGACCGUCAUACACGAGGAAGCGUGGAUUGACGCACUCCGGCGUGUCGGUGAACUCAAGCAGCCCAGCAAGAGCGCAUCAUACUUCUUUCCGCCGCCUUGGAUGUUCGACAACCUCGACGGGUUCCCCCUCUCCGAGGAAAAGCGGUCGCGACGCACGCUUCAGCUCGUCGCGAUCCGCACGUUCUGUCGUGUCCGCCUUUUCGACCGCACCAGCUGUGGUGGACCCCUCAACGUCCAACAAUGGCAGGAGGCGCUCUGGGGGGAUUAUUCGGCGGGUGUCUCCUCCUCCCAGCCUUCAAAGCGUAAGCAGCCGACGAAGGUCGCGCGCGAGGCCAACCGCCUUGCCGCUCAGCAGGCGAUCCGGCAAGUCUUCGCCCGCGCCGACUUCCGUAACUUCGCCCCAGACGCGGCUCAUUCAUACGGCGCCCGCGUUGUUACUCUCGACGACGUGACGCGUGACCAAGAUCUCAUCCGCUCGCUCGUCUGGGAGGCGCACGAGAUGAACUGGCGGUGCGAGGUCCUCGCUCUGGAUGCCGAACUAGCUGGGUCGCGCAGGUGGUCCGACUUGGACCAAUGGGCGCGCGAGUCCCUCGUUUCCGAAGUCUGGGGGAGUGCGUCCUCCGGGAUGGACAUAUGCCCUUUGGGGGACGUUGAUCGCUCGUCAUCCUGCUGGGUCCGGCCUCCGGACGCGAGGUGGGAGAGUGGGAGACCUCGUCUGCGCGCGUUGCUCGAGCUGCAACGUCGAUGGCCUGGUCGUCCUGCCAGUCUCUCUGGAGCCGCGAGUGAGGUCGAUGAAUGCGACGCGUUCCGAUUUGCCAAUAUUCAGGCUGCCGCGAUCGAGUUUUACGUUGACAGUUUCGUGCGCACCUACCAACGCCUCCCGAUCCCGCCUGUUCGAAUCCCUCACGUUGUCGCCACGGUAGUUACCGGUUCCUGA